AUGUUAGAACCACAAGCUACGGAAAAUCUUAUCCGACAACACUUAAAAGAACAUAAUCUUCUGAAAAGUAAAGAAGAUCAAGUAUGGGAAAUUCGUAAUUCAAAAGUAAGUGGUCGUGGAUUGUUUGCUAAGCGUGAUAUAAAACAGGGUGAGUUAAUAUUCAUCGAUACGCCAAUGAUCAUUGGACCACGUUGCUAUCAGAAAUAUCUUCCUAUGUGUAUCAAUUGCUAUAAAUCCGGAUGCACAUUGUUCCCCUGUGACCGAGGUUGCGGCCUCCCAAUAUGUUCUAAUGAGUGUGAAAACUCUAGGAAUCACAUCGAGUUUGAAUGUGAACGGCUGCAAAGUUGGCAGCCUACCUGCGGAAGUAUGUGGUCCAUGGAACUUCUUCAGGCAGUGGUUCCAAUCAGAUCACUUUCGUUGUCUUCGUAUCAAAGAGACCUUGUUCGUACGCUUCAACAACAUGAAGCAAUCAAUCCAGAGGACGAAGAACUUAUGCUCCAAGUAUGUCGUGCAUUUGAUACUAACGCAUUUGAAACAGCUAUACGUGUUGACGACAAAACUUCGAUAAGUCUUCGAGGUCUCUAUCCUCUAGGAGCAUUGAUAAAUCACUCUUGUUUACCAAAUACCCGGCACUAUUUUAAUGAUAGAGGGUUUAUGUUCACGCGCGCUACAGUUCCUAUUAAAAAAGACGAAGAACUUACAGGAACUUACGUUGAUUUAAUUUGGGGUACUAUUUUACGAAGAAACGCUCUGAGGUGUGCUAAUUUGAAAUGCUUUUCAUACAUUUUUCCUGAUGAUCCAUUGAAUUUAAAAAGUUCUUGGACUUGUCGUGAUUGUAAUGUCAAAGUUUCUAGUAAACAGAUUGAAUCAAUUUAUUCGGCACUUAAUACGAUGAUUAAUAAUGUUCUCAGUGAACCCCCUCGGAAUCUUUUGGAGUUCAUUGAAGGUGAGUUAAAAAUUCUCGUACCUCCGGUCAAUCAUCUUUUGUUGGAUAUGAAGUUUCACGCAGUGUCUUUUUUUGGACGGACUGAAGAACUUGAAUGGAAAAAUUUGUCUGAUAAGGAGCUCGAGUUGAAGGCUCAGUAUUGCAAUGAUUUAAUAAAAAUCCUAGACCAAUUGGGAUGUGGUGAUUGUCAAAAAAAAGGUUUGAUUCUCAAUGAACUUUAUUGCACAAAAAAAGAGCAACUUUCGCGAAAAGUAAAUAGUGAUAAAGAAGAAAUCAAAUUGAAAAUUAAUAAGGAGCUUACAGAAAUAGCGGACAAAGUAAAAGAAAUUUUAGAAUGUGACUUUGAAGCUGCAGAUAAUUUUAAAAAUUUGAAUGUAUCAAAUGAUUAA